AUGAGCAUUCCAUCUCAAUCUCAAUCUUCGCCAAUUGUUCAUUUUACCAAUACUGUUCGUCAUGGUUCAAGUCCAAUGAAUCCAAUUCAUGUUUCUCCAAAUACUUCCAUUGAGGAUGAUAGUCAAGAUCAAUAUGAAGCAUUUUUAACUCGUCCUCAAUCCACACCAGUCUCUUCUCCUGUUUUACUUCCGCGAACAUCUGUAAAUUCCAUUCAAACCAAUGAAAAUCUCUUUGCAAUUUUACGAAAUAAUAAAAAACAACGUUUGACUACAUUUGAAUAUUCGUCAGUCACCAAUGUAACGCCUUUACAGAAUAUCAACAAUCAAAUUAAAUCUCCCGUUCUAUUGGACACAUCAAAUGAUGACGAAGAAGAUCGAUAUUUCCUUCGUCCACCACCACUUAUGGUCUUAUCUCAAAGUAUUCAAGCAAAACAUCCCGAAAAGUUAACAGAUAGUAAAUUAAAUAAUCGAUUUUCAUCCAUCAAAGAUCUUCCACAUUCGCCAGCGAAUUAUUCAUUUGUUUUCUACAGUUUUACAUCAACACAAAUCGAAGAAGCCAAACGAUUAACUCGUCGAAUGGGUGAUUGUUUCACAUCGGAUAUCAUCGAUAUCACAACAACACACAUUAUCUUACCCAAUGACGAUCCCCGAAUGACAAUUACUCUCGAUCUUAUUCUCGCAUUAAUCUAUGGAUGUCGUCUUGUCGUAUUUGAAUGGUUAAAAUCAUCCUCACGUAUUGGUGAAUGGUUACGUGUAAAUAAAUUUGAACCGAAAAAUUUCUUUAAUUCAAAUCCUUCAGUGAAUAUUUAUCAUAAAUUUCCUCGACAAAAAACUUCAAAUCAAUUCUUUCAUCAAUGCGGAUUAAUCUAUUUGACAUCCCUCGUACAACAACGUGAUUUAUUACUCAAAUUAAUCACGAUUCUUGGCGGAAAUAUCACUGUUCAUCGGGAACGCGCGAAAAUUAUUAUUGGUCAUUCGUCCAAAACUCUCCAGGUAAUCAUUCAUCCACAAGUUCAUGAACAAUGGGCAAUCGAUUCAAUCAAAGCAGGUCAAUGUCUUUCAACCGAUGAUUAUCUAAUCGAAAAUCAAUUCUUUCAUGUGUAUAAUUAA